UUACCGGCAACCUAAAAUCCAGAUUAUCGUGAGCAAGAUGGAACAGAUACUGGAGGCAUGAUCUGCUACCGGAGGCGGCCAUGACGGGUGCGCAUUCAAAACAAGUCCGGCUGACGUGCAGAAAAGAGUCAGUCUGUGAUUGGCUGCCCGGACAUGUCCUCCUCCCCAUUGGCCGAGGCAGAUGCCCAUCAGAUGGGUUUGCGUGUGGAUCUGAAGGCUUCCGCUCUGCUGCGCCUGUCAGCAACUGCAGCGUUAAUAAAGGGCAUCAGCUGGAGAACCGGGAAGUACUGAAGUUUGGCCGCAUUUAGAAAGAAAUGACGGGAGUGAAUAAUGGGGACCAACAGCCAGAGGAGCCCCUUUAAAACUCAGGUUGAUGUCAACGCUUCUGCUCAGUGUGAUGAUGACAAUACGAUGCCCAUAGUGUCUGUCAAAGGCCUCAAAGAAAACUGGCAGAAGUGGUCCAGCGAGCAUCAGGAAAACCAGAAGCUCAACCCCUUCAGUCAUGACACCAGGCUGAGUGCGGUGGCCCCUCAGAGGGGACAGGAUGAUUACGGGAAACCCCAGGAGGGGUCUCUGACUGAGAAACGUGGGAAGGAGGCUCACACACACAUUGGCAGAGAGGUCCAGAAGCUGUGCGAGGUGAUAAGGAACAUUGGAGAGCUGAAGGAGGACGGGGACAGACACGAUAGCCAUAAGAAAGUGAUCACGGUUGAAUUUGGGAAACUUUUUGAACAUUAUGUGACAAUCUCUAAUACACUAGUGGGAAUUCUUUUACGGGCCAGAAAACAGGGACUGGUGGACUUCAAGGGGGAGAUGCUGUGGCAAGGAAAGGAUGAUCAUGUAGUGAUCACUUUGUUGGAAUAACCAGAUAUUUGGAUUUGUACUGAUGCCUUGAUUCAUGUUGCACUUAGCAUGCAGGUGCACCACUACACACUGUAGAGAGAGUAGCAUGAUUUCGAUUCAAUGGCUACAACAGGUCCAAAUGCUUCGCCCGUCACAAAAAUCAAAACCAAAUCAUUUCCCUUCCACCACCAUGCUUGAUAGGUGGUAUUAGAAACUAUUCCCAGAUUAGUAAAAAGAUCUAGACUAGCUUUUCCUUUGACCAAGGUAAAACCACCAGGCCUAUGUCAUGAAAUAGUAUAACCAACUUUACAAAGAAACCUAAGAUAUAUUUUUUUCAUUCUAAAAUACAGUAGCACAUACAUUACUGAAGAUUCAAAGGGAAAAUACGAGCAGGGCGUAUGGAAAUAGACUGAAAUAAGGAAAUUAGAAUGAACAGCUCCUACAGUGUACCCAUCCACGAUCUUAGUAAGGCCGAAGACCUCCAAAACAAGAGUUCCCAAACAUGCCCAAAAACACUUUUAAUACAGGAUAUCAACUGACAAUAAAGAAGGAUGACACUCUGUACAGUAAUGGGGAAAUCAUUUCAAAUGACAGUUUUUUGGAUACAUAUAUCGGUUUCUCACAUUGUUCAGGAGGGAUUUUGGCCAACCCUUCAAUAAAGCAUUUUGUUUCAUUAAGGUUUGCACCUCUCUCAGGUCCCACCACAGCAACUGACAAUAAUUAGGUCUGGACUGACAGGGCGAUUGCAACAUUUUCUUCUGUUUCAGCCAUCCCAUUGUAGAUUUAUUGCUGUGUUUGGGAUCUUUGUCCCAUUAAAUGCACAGUUUGAACCAAGCUUCAGCUGUGAGAAAGAUGAUCUUACAUUUGACCAGUAUACUUUGGUCUAGAAGAGAAUUCAUGGUCAACUCAAAGAUGUCCAUGGGCAAGGGUCUUUAAAACAAGGCCUAAUUCAUCACCCAUCCACCACAAUGCUUGACAAUUGGUCUGAGCAACUAUUUCCUUUCUAAAACCAGCAAGUAUGCACUGUUUUUUCCAUUAAUGUAUUUGUUUAGGGUAUUUCACCAACACUUGUUCUACCUUUGGUUAGUAAAACAAUAUUGUUUGUUAAAUUAUUCCAUCUUCAAGACAUUGCUUGCUGUUGUAAGUCUAUGAAUUUGAAAAAGAAAUGUACAAAUCCUAGAUGUAUUAAAGUCCUAGAGUUUUUCAUUA